UAUAAUGACAUAUGACAGGAAAAUAAUCUUGUAUACUUGAGUCCCUUAAAUACUUGCUUCCUUGUAUAUUAACUCCCAAAAUGCUCAUUCCUUGUACUCUCAUUUUCAAAACACCUCUUCCUUAUAUAUUGUCACUCAAACACUCCUUUCUUGUACACUUAUUCCCAAAUCAUUCCUGUCUUCCUGUAUUCUCAUUCUCCAAACACUCCUGCCUCUGCACACCCAGUUCCUCAAAACAUUUCUUCAUUGUUUACUCAUUCCCCAAACACACCAACUUUCUUGUAUACUUAGCUCUCAAAAGAUGCAUUUUUAAACAUCCAUAACUCCUUUUAUUUUCAUUCCCCAAACACUCCUGGCUGUGCACACUCCAGCACGUUAACACCACACACACAUUCACACUCUUAAUAUCAUCUGUCAGCCCCUAGUGGAAAGGGACAAUCUUGUGGCCCACCAUACUACACCUCAGGAGGUCAGACACAGCAUUCAGUUAACAAAAAAUCACAUUAACACCCACUCCCCACAGAACAUAGUAACACAAAAUCAGAUUAACACUCACCCCAACGUCACAUUCACAAGACAAGUUCUCAUCCCACAGCCGUAAACUGUUUGCGGCCACCUACGAGGACCUUGCCAAGAAGAUGCUUGCCUACACAACCCCAACGGACACAGCUCUGUACCGGCGCAUCCCGGCUAACACGACAGGCCUCGCCAGCAUCCUCUUCUUCAUCGAGCGACUCCAGAGGUGCUACAUACCCACGGGGGAGAAGCCUGUUAGCAUGGGAGUUGCUGCUGGCUGGUACAUGUUGUCAGCUCUCCUACAACAAGGCUCCAACACCUACCCAAUCAGCACUGCAGCACGGGUAAUCUACUGGGUUGGCUACAGUGUGUCCCUCAUUGUGUACACAUCAUACUCUGCCACACUGGUCUCACAUCUUGCUGUGGAGCAGCCUGCACCUCUGCCAUUCAGCAACCUGCGGGACCUGUCUAGGCAGUCAGGCUGGGAUGCUGGAUGCAACAACAAUGACCUCUUCCAAGUGACAGCCUCGGUGGGUCCUUGGCUUCUUGCUGUGUGAAC